CCCCUUUUCUCUAAAACGACGACAGUACAGCUCACAUAAAGUCUUAUUUUUUUUAGAUAUACAUACAGAGACGCUGAAAGUGCGACUGUAGAAACUUCGAACGUCGGGGAACGAUCAACCGUCCAAAACAGGACGAAAACAAUAGAUCAUUAAUUACUUGUCGCCUGGAACUAAAGCUAACGAUCUGUAAAGGAGAAGCGUGCAUAUACGAGUUGAGGUCAGAUUUUGAAAAAUUACAUUUGCACGCCAUACACCUAACAUAGAGACCCUCUGGGUAUCACUAACUUUGUCCCUGUGCUAUGGCAAACCCCACAUCCAUCAUGCCCGAGUCUGAACUUGAUCAAAAGCUCAGCAAUCUUCUUCAGGUGAUGGUCUCGCGCCUGCCUCCAGGUAAGAGUAUCUCUUCUGCGGUCGUCCAGCAGCUGCUCCGGACCAGGUAUGCAGAAACCUAUCCGGAGUCCUAUGUUGCUAGCAAAGGACAUCUUAUAGAGGGCAUGAUAGCGAGCUUUUUGAAAGCAAAGAAGGCUAAUGAAAUGGUAGCAGCCACCGCGCCAGCAUCACCUAAUUGCAAUGGGGAUGUUAUAAAGGCUGGCAAUUGUAAGCGCGCGGUUGACUCCGGAAGUGAAAUCGAAAUCGACGACGACGACUACGAUGAUAGUAGCGAAGACGACGAUGACGAAAGCAAUGAUGAACAAUAUAAUGACUCAGACUACGAUGAAGAAGAAGAAGAUGAUGAUGAUGAUAGUGAGACUGAGUGUGAGAGUGAAGACGCGUCAUCGCAGGAGCCUAAGCUCACGCGCACACGCUUAGAGGGCGAGGAUGGUUCAAAAGGCGAGCCCAACCAUUCCCAGGCGCAGCCCGCUGGUGACAGUGGCUUGCUGAUAGCUGAGCGAUGCAAAGGGAUGGCGAACUGCUUAAGGAAACUUGGAUACCAAGUGCGCUCACCGCGUGAAGACGAGUCUCUAAACUCCUAUCUGAAUGACUACCUUAUCAGUGAGUUUCAAUCAAAAAAUCUAGAUCCAGUGAAGUACGGUAAAAAUGACAUCAAACUCUACAAAAUUCGAAAGGAGGUUGAGCUUCUGCAGAAAGACGGUGCUACUCUGAAUUUGGAUAGGCGUUCACGUGUAGGUAGAGGCUAUACCGGUGUGCAGUUGCCUGGAGAAGCUCCCGCGCCUGCGCCCGCUCCUGCAAAGGUGUCAUCCUACGUCACGUCGAACCUACUAGAUGAUGAGUAAUUGUUCACUUAAGCGAUGAGGAGGGGCAAGAAGAAGUUUAAACACAUCGCCAUGCAAUCUGAGCUGUAUGUCACUACUUACUUUAUAAACCACUAAUGUUAUAAAUGGUAGAAUUCCUAAAAAGGCAUGACAAUUAACCUAUGAUAGAAGGAUAUAUAAUAUAUAUGCUUCAUCGUGACGCUGUUGUUCAAUUAUUUUCUUUCAAAAAUAUAUA